AUGAGGACCGGCUUCAGGAACCACGGCUACUAUGGCCAUACCUUUGUGUUCUCGCGUCUGCUUUCAGGCAUUGCCCUCCUCGCCAUCAUCGGCCUGGUGGCCAGCUUCACAUCCAUCAUCAACAAGGCCAGCCUCGCUCCACCGCCACAACUUACUGGCGCCCUGAUCGUGAGCGCCGCCGCGUUGCUCUGGGUGCUACUUUCCUUCACAGCUUACGACGACACUCACAUUCCUUACCUGGCUACAGCCAUCGUCGACACCGUGUUUUUGAUCCCCUAUGUCGUGGUGGUGAUCAUCCUGGGUGGACAACUGAGCAAGACAGAGUGCUCGACUUUGCCGACCGAUUCUGGCAAUGGCACCACGCUGCAACUGAACCCGGCCGACAAUGCCGGCAAUGGAACUCUCUCAUACCUUACCUUCGUCGCCUCUGAUCAGAUGACUUGCUACAAGCUGCAAGGCACCUGGGGUCUUACGAUUGCGCUGUGCAUCUUGUUCACCUUUUCUGCACUCGCAGCAACUUUUAUGUUUAUGGGAAAGCGGAAAAAUGGCUACAACGGCAAGCCUAUCAAGGGCUACAAAUCUCCAGAGACGUGGACGAGUCAAAACGUGAACAACACGAGGAGCGCAGGACCUGGAUCACCAAAGAAGAGCAAGAAGUCGAAGCAGAAGAAACAACAGAACGGACAGAACCAAGCAUCGUCGUAUGACAAGGGCUACAGCUUUUUCAAGCCCUCUACUUGGUAUGCAUCUGGAAGCUCUUCUGCAAAUUCGUCAUCUUCAACUUCUCGCGGUAUCAACAACCCAGGUUCGAGCGGCAACUCUUCGUCGGCUCGAAACGUAACCAUGAACAACCAAGCACCCGACUUGUCGCCCAGCAAAAAUAUUUCAGAGCCACAAUCUGGCUCGUCUGAGACCCCCGGAAAGUGGAAUUUUGGAUUUGGAAGGCUCUGGAGGAAGGGUGGCCGUGGAGUCGACCGCCGCGACCGCUCCAAAAAUACCGCCCCACAUGGCCAUCAGCAGGAGGACAUCGCGCUUACGGAUGUACCCCAGGGGCGCAGGAACAACCAGAACACCACCAACACCUCUAGCAGCAGAGACAUUGGGGGCCAGCAAGGAGAAUCAAAAGGCAAGGGCUUCCUUGGUCUCUUCCGGUCCAAGGACAAAUCGAGAGACAUUUCGUCAACAUCCCCUCAGCCCAACAGAUCUCUUGACCCUCAAGGACGACCACUACAACCAUUCUCACCUGACAGUAACCAAGCAGGCAACUCUGCUCGGUCGCUGCAAGGUGCUGCCGUCGCCGACACAAGUAUGCCGGGCAAAAGGCAGGCCCCUCCUGCCCCGAAUGGCAGAGGCAAUGGUCGUCCCGGUCCCACAGCCCCUGGUAGAGGACAACCCAAUGGUCAAGGUUCCUCAUCAAAGGCCACGAUACCUAUGCCCUUUGACAACAACAACAACAAGGCUGGUCCAAAGAAUGGUAUACCCCCUCGACGUCAAGAUGGUCCCACCCCACCCCCUACCCAGGGCCCCAUCUCGUCGUCCGCAGGCGUGCAGCGCGGCAGAGGAAUGCCGCCGGCUGCAACUAAUGCAAACCCAAACAUGAAGGGCAGAAACCUCACCGCUGGCGCGGACCAACGCCCUGCAGCCGGUGCUACCAUCGGCAACCUCAACGCAAAAGGCGAGCGAAGCAUGGGCUUCCAGCGGCCUGGCGCGCCGAACGCUGCUGCUGGAUACACACAGCCGUCUGAUAUCCGGAAACCAGGAGGUGCUCCCAUCCCUGGACGUGACGGCCAGAAGUUGGACAAGAAGCAGACUGGUCUAAGUGAACCGAAUCGUUCUGUGCCUGGUCAACGACCCGUGCCUGGUGACAAAGAGAUCAUGACAAAGGAUGGGUCCUCAGCCAAGCCUGGAAACGGUUUUCUCUCCAACAUGAAGAAUCCCCUGAAGCCCAAGCAAGACAAGCAGGGCGAUGGAUUCCUGCCAGCUUCUUCCGCGAAUGACCUCCCUAAAAAGAGUCAAGAAGGUCGUGGCCCUCCAAUGCCCGAUCUCAAGAACCCUGCAAAACCGGCACAGGGCAAGAACGCUGUCGUUCAGCAGAACCUUCGCCCUACCGAGAGCCAAAAUCAGCAAGACGCGUCUCGUGGACUUGGUGUGCCAGGCAAAGGCAAGAAGGCCGCCGUCCCGCCAGCCAAGGGUGAGCAUCCACUGAGCAAUCGUGCACUGAGUGCAGCUGAGGCCAGCUACUUGGACACACCCCUAAACAAGGCCGCGGAGCAAGCUACUGGACGUGGCAAGACGCGCGCUGAGAAGAAGGGUGAGUUGGAGGCAAAGCCCAAGACUGGAGAGCCCCCAGUGAAGCAGCCCCAUCGCUUGCACCCUCAGAGGAACUCGUUCGAGUCUGACGCUGGUGCUGGUGCGAUUGUGGCUGGGAAUACGCCUCCGAACAAGCAACCGAAGCAGCCACAGCAAUCGGCUGGGAAGGGUCGGCCUGAACCUCAACCCGGACGAAACGUGGAGGCGGGCUUGCCUCCUCACAUGCCGCCUCAUCCAGAGCGUGACGGGAGAGGUCGUCUGGUUCCAGAGGCACAGCGCCACCCUGGCCCACCUAGCAAUGAGGUCAAGCCGAAUCCACCUGCUCAACCUGCAGCUGGACGCUUCCCCCCAGGCCAUCCCGAGAAUAAGCAAGGUCCUCCACCACAAAUCCGUGGCGGUAAAGACCUGCGGCCCGAUCAGCGCCCUGGUCCGAAUCAGGACGUGAAGGGUAGUUUGCCUCUGCGUGACGAGAAGGGACGCCCCAUGCCUCCACGGCCAACUGAUCGCGAUCUCCCUGGCGGACAGCAGCCCGUGUCCAAUGAACGUGGACGCCCUGUCCCACAACGCACAGCUGGUCCACCAGCCGCGCCGGCUGCUCUUGCUGCUGGCCAGCCUCCACAUCAAGCUCCUGCCAAGCUCGAUCCACGAGGCAGACCGGGUCCUGCACAGCAUACCACUGGGCCUGAGGUUCCUGGUGUACUUUCAGCAGGUGGCAGGAACCAACGCGAACCUCCCGCUAUGCGCAAUGAGCCCAAGCAACCGAUUAUCGCAGCUCGUGACGAACAUGCAAGGCCGCGUGGCGAGCCUGAGGUUCCGAACGCUUUGGCUCCUGGGCGGAAUCCACGUGAUGACCGAGCAAGACCGACACCUCAGAAGCAUGACGUUGAGGCGCAUAACAUUCCGAGUGCCCUAGCUCCUGGUGGUCGACCAUCUCAGGACUCUGUAAGAGAUGCAAAUGCUCCAAACGGCCGCCGCCCGCCUUCUCCCAGAGACGGCUCAAGACGGCCUGGCUCGCCUCGAAAUGGCAGUGGCCGACGCCGCUCUCCUCCAGGCCGCAACGCCGAUGGUCCUCAAAGGCCAUCGUCACCGCAGUCAUCGCGUGGACGACGCGCUGGGAGCCGCGGUCGUCAGCCGUCUCCGUCGAAAGGCAGACCUCCAUCGCCAUCCAAGCUGCGAGGACCCCCUGGUACCGACAAGAACCAGGGUGAGAUGUUCCUCGGAGACAACCACCCACGAAAUGUUGAUAAGAGCGGCCGCCCCAUGCCUCCUGUCACAGAGACAUCGAACCUGUCUGCGAGAAAUGAGCGGGAGAAGGGUCGUCCUAUGCCUCCUCGUGGUGCUGGCGUUCCUGAUGAGACAAUGCCUUUGCCACCAGCUCUGAGAGAUCCAUCAAUGGCCAACACAUCCUCUCCAUCUCGAGGACCACGUGGAGCGGCAGACCGCCAGCCUAUGAUGAAGGACAGCCGUCCCGUGCCUCCAUUCCCGGAAAGAUCUCUUGGACCAGAACCUCCUCACAUGCGUGGUGAGCGGGAACGGGGCCGGGAAAUGCCACCUGCUGUUGCCUCUGGAGAGCCAAUUCAACCGCCGCCUUUCUUGAGAGACCCAUCGGCAAGGAACGAGUCACCAGCAUCGCGAGGUAUGCCGCCAGUGUUGCCAGGGAGCCAGCCGCCGUCCCGAGAUGGACGUCCGAUGCCGUCCAACCAAGACAGGCCAUUGAACUCGGGGCCUACACCCUUGCGCAGCGAUCAAGGACGCCAAAUGCCUCCUGUUGGGGUUGGUGAGCCAGUGCUGCCACCGGCGACACUUGGGAACCCAGCUGCCACCAAGGAGCGAUCCACAUCGCGACCGCCUCCCAGACUCAGGGACCGGCAGUCUUUCUUCCAGCCUGGUAUGCCUUCUCAAGGCUCCGGUGCUGCUCCAAUGCCGAGAAUGCCCUCUCCGUCUCGGAGUGGGCCACGAGACCUGCCUUCUGAGUUUGCUACUCCCAAUGCUCUCCGUCCUGGACAAGGUGGCAACGAGAAGAAUGGCACUCGCAUGCCUGUGCCACCUAACGGCCAACCAAUCCCACCUCGGGAACCUGGCCUUGAUGGCCUCCGUGCUCCAUUGAGAGAUGACCAGAGAGGUCCUCGAGUCGAUGAGCGGAAUAUGUCAGACAAAUCGAAGGCACCGUCUAACCCUCGAGAACAAAGACCCCUUGUCAACGAAACGCCUGCUCCUCUCGGUGGCUCUGUAAAUGACCCUCGCAACCCAACCUCAAGAUCUCAGGGUCCUCGUGAAGAAAGGCGAUUUAUGGAUAUGAGACAGGCGCCUCUCCCAGGUGGUGUCAAGACAGACGGCCAUGGCGCACAAGCCCCUCCGUCCUCAUCACGAGAUGAGCCUACAAGAGACAACGCAAGGCCUUCUACUUCUUCUUCGCGGGACAUGAGCACUGGGGACGCACGGAGUGCACCAUCACCCGAGCCCUCCAGCGCUACGAGUACAAGCAGCCCUUCAAAGCCAAGCGGCUGGAUGAAGCGGCUGUUUGGAGGCAAGAAGGGAAAUAAGCAAGCUGAGGCAAUGACGACUUCCAAUAUACCACCUGAAACUGUUGCAAAACGACCAUCUCUGCUGCCACCAGGCAGGGAGCGACAAUCUGUCCUCUCUAAUGUGGCUGCCGAUGGGGCAGUGCAGCCUGAUCAGCGUGGUCGUGCUCUGUUGUCUGAACCAAAUGAAGUACGUCCCGACCAGCAGCAGGGCAGAGAUUUGCCCCGGGGACUAAAGGACCUCCCGCCCCUCCAAACUGGUGUUGAUGGCGCGCGAAAAUCUCUUAUGAAUCCCAGUAUUCCUCCCUCACGGAAUGGGCUGCCACCACCGCUUCCCGAACCGCCUGUUCGCGAGUCAAGGGGUCGUGCCUCGCCCUUCCCCGCGCGUCCCGGACAGAAGCCAUCGCCACCCAUGCCAACGGGAGCCAACGUCACCGAGCUUAACUCUGCCACGACUCCUUCACGGGAUCUGGCACAAGACCAGCAGCAAAAUUCGAAGAUGCCGCCUGUGACGGAGACAAAGGAGCAGAAGAAGGCGAACAGGAAGUCACAUGUGCUACCUGGUAUGAUGCCACCAAUGCCUGGUCCAGACGAGCCCUUGCCCGUUCCUCCGGUCCCUCAACCACCGUCCGCACUCAAAGACGGGGAUGAGCACCCAAAUCUUGGCAGUGCACAAAUGCCGCCGGUUCCAGUAUUGGACGAUAAGCAAAGGCGGGCCGCGAACAGGAAAUCACGAAUGACUGGCUUUGGUCCAGCAGAUGUUCAAAUGCCGCCUAUGCCUGGCAUGCCGGAGCAGCCUCCAGCACACCGAGACGCACUGCCAAUGGAUGGCAAGCCUCAUCGCAUGGGUCGUUCACGAUCUCCUUCGACUCGACGUGAGGGUCCAGGAAUGUCCAUUGACAAUGACGCCCCGGCCGUGCCUGAUAUGCCGUCCUCGUUGCGCCCUGGCGUCUCCGACGAAAUGCCGCAAGGACUACGAGACCUGGUGGAUGAGUCUGCGAAGGAGAAGCCCGGCAUGAUGCCUCCACCAAUGGGUAUGAGGAGAGGACUUCCAUCAAGGCCAACCCCGCGUGGAAUGGCCAAGGAACCUUCUCACCCCGCCGACAACGGUUUUGCUCCACAACCAGCUCCCGGAACGGAGGCGUCAGACCUGCCUCCUUCCCUGAGGCCAGGACGACCGGAUUUGAAGCUUGACGCCAAGGAUGGCGAGCAGUUUCCUCUGGCGGCUGGCACUAUCCCAGCCAAUUCUCGAGAAAUGGGAUCAGAGAACUCAGAUAUGCCCAGCAGCCCCAAGUCCAAGAUGGCCAAGCGCGGCAAGGACAAGGGGCAGACCCGCCAGCCUCUCUCUCCCCUCGAUGGAAACAUGUCUCCUCGGUCACCGUUCGGUGCAGAAUUUGGAAACAUGCCUCCUUCAUCGCAAAAGCCUACUAGCCCUAAGUCUAACAAGCUAAAGGAUCUCUUCGGCAAGGGCAAGGGCAAGGGCAAGGACGGCGUCUCUCGGAACAUGGGCUCGCCAACAAUCGGCAACGAGAAGCCGUUGUCGCCCACGUCUAGAUUGGCAAACAUGGAGAAGGAACUGGACAGCAUUUCAGCAUCCCGUCCAGUCAGGAGCGAGAAGGAGCGGUUCUCAGAUGCGUCUUUCACAGAAUCGAUGCUCAACUCGCCACCUCAAUCCUACAGUGCCUUCACCUCGGAGACGGACAAGGGUCGCGAGGACAUCUAUGGGCGAACACCCAGGGAUGGUCCAGGAUCGCUUGCUGAUAGGAAGAACGGUCAUCUUGAUUCUGCGCAGUCUGCGUCUAAGGACAAGUCUCGUGGCCUCCCAGGUGACAGGAAGGAUGAGUCUUCCCUCAAGGAAGAGUCGAAGCCUGACUUCCUUGGCGGUCUCUUCGGUGGCAAGGACCAGAUGUCUCCCAUCGGCUCACCUAUCUUGGGAGAUGAUGAGUCGUGGGCGGUAGGCAAGGAUUCGAAGGCCUCUGGCGACAAGAAGCCUGGUUUCUUUGGACUUGGAGGCGGCAAGAAGGACAAGAAGGAGCGACGUGGCUCACGAGGAUCCAUGUCUGGGUCUCCAACAUUCAUGAACGACGCCUCGCGUUCACCUGAGCUGGGUGAAACUUGGUCGACCAGUGAUGUGAUUGACGAGAAGAAUCCACGUGACAAGACUACUGGCUUGUUUGGCCGUGGCAAAGACAAGACCAAGUUCGGAUCUAAGUCGCCUACAGAAGAGAAGCACGGCAUUUUUGGAUUCGGUAAAAGCAAGGACAAGGGCAACAAGCUCCAACCUGGCUCUCCAGGAGAGUCCCCGAUAAUGGAAGAGAGACCUCCUCUGGAUCCAUGGUCUAUAGAGGACGAUUCGCCUGUCGAGAAGAACCCCGACGAGAAGAAGACUGGGCUGUUCAGCAAGUUCGGAAAGGGCAGAGACAAGAAGGACAAGUCAGGUUCUCCUCUUGGCUCGCCGACCUUGAGGGACUCCUCAGCCAUGUCCCCCGGCUUGGAGCCAUUUUCCGCAGAUGAGGAUGGCAUGCCUGGAUCUGAAGACAAAGGAACCGGCCUGUUCAGUAGAUUUGGCAAAGACAAGAAGCAACGCCGAGGAUCGAAGUCAGACCCAAUCUCUCCUGAUCGGGACUCAAUGCUGCUAGAUUCUGCCGACGAUCAGCUCGAAGACACCAUGCCGGGAGAGAAGAAGUCAGGGCUCAAGGGUCUCUUCAGCAAAGACAAAGAUAAGAAGAAACGAAGAGGAUCCAACUCGGAGCCACUGUCACCCGGCAAGGAAGGAUCCUUGCCUGGAUCUCCAACCAUGAUGGACGAUCAGCAACUUGGAAGCAACGGCCAAGUGAUGAUACCAGCUCUGCUCGUUCUCCAAGGACAGUCGCAGCCAGGUUCUCCAGUGCUAUCUGGCGAGAAGAAGCCUGGUCAAUCUGACGCGCAAUCUAUCGAUGGCGACCUCGAUGAAAGGCCUCUCUCGCCUCAGCUAGACGCCUCUUCCCCAUCUGAGAAAGACAAGAAGAACAAGAAGGGCAAGGGCCUGUUCGGUCUUGGAAAAAGCAAAGACAGCAAGAACAGAGACUCUGUCUUGUCGCCUACCGAUGACACCUUCGACGGCCAAGACAGCCGGCUAGGCUCGCCUGAGCUCGGGUCCCCUGUGUCGCCCGACAUGGACAAGAAAGACAAGAAGGGUCUAGGACUGUUCGGGCGCUUUGGCAAGAGCAAGGACGGAGAAGUGACACCGACGUCGAUGGAUGGCUUUGAUGGUCAUGAUGAUCAGCCACUAUCACCUAAGCAAGAUUCUCCUAUGUCACCUGAAGUGGGCAAGAAGGACAAGAGCGGCAAGGGCAUCUUCGGAUGGGGCAAGAAUAAGAACCGAGACAGCCUUCGAACCUCGCCGGUCGAUGACGAUUUCAACCUUAACGACAGCCCUCCGCGAUCACCGGGUAUGGAAUCGAACCCACGCCUGUCUGCCGAUAUGGACUCACUCCCAGCGAACUCACCACCAAUAGCCGAGUCUCCCGUCUUCGAGGACUCGAUGGCCUCGCCUCGGCAAUCCCUCGGCGGCAACUCUCCUCUGUAUUCCGAGGAGCCGAUGAGCCCCAACGAGCCGGAGAAGAUGAAGCCUGCACCUCUGAACAUCAAGGACAAGAUGCGCAAGUUCUUUGAUAAGGUCGGCGGCGUCGAUGGCGAGAAAGACAACCGCCGCCGGUCGAGCCGCGACUUUGACACUGCCCCCAUGGCGUUGGAUGAUGGUGACAGGUUCGACCAGCAGGAUGACUUCAGCACGAGCAACAUGCCGCCCUCACCUGCAGGUGGCAUGGAUAGCUUCGAUGGUAACAACAGUAUGCCUCCUUCGCCUGCGGGUGGUAUGGACAACUUCGACACCAAUAGCAUGCCUGCCUCGCCUGCUGGUGGUAUGGACAAUCUAGAAUCAAACAGUCUCCCACCAUCGCCUGCUGGCGAAGACAAUUUCGGAAUGGACAACAGCGUGCCUCCCUCGCCCUCGCACGACAUGGGAGGAGAUGCCGAGUCCAUGCCCGCGGAGUCACCCGUUAUGGACAACUUUGCCUCCGAUGAUGCCGGUGGUCUUGGAUCGCCUGGCAUGGACGCCCAGUCGCCGGUUGCCCCAAUGGACAGCUUUGAUGAUGGAACGCCCGAAGAGAACGGGAUGCCCUCACCGGCGCCUGACAUGGGCAUGCCGUCGCCAGUCCAGUCCGAGUUUGCUGCUCCAGCUGAUAUGGCCGACGAGCCUGAGCCCAUGGAUAUGGGAGCUGUCGAGGAGACUCCUCUUUCUCCACCUGCUGGGUCCGACUCACGCGACAUGGGCAUGCCUGCAGAGUCGCCAGUCAUGGACAAUUCCGAGGAAGCACUCCCGUCGCCCGCUGAGGAUGACUUUGGGGGCCCUGCUAGCCCUGCUGGCGGCAUGUCUUCGCCUCCGCCUGCCUUCGAUGACUUCGGGGGCGAUUCGGCCCCGGUCGAAGACUACUCUGAGCCUGCACCCGCAAUGGAUGAUUUCGGUGGCGAGCCGGGUUCUUUCGACGAUGGCUCGUCGGCUCCCGAGCCCGCUUUUGACGACGCCGGUGACAACUUUGACGGUGAUAACUUUGGCGAUGACGCUCCAGCUGAUCUCGAAAUGGACCAGGGUCUCGAUAUGGAGGAGCCUAUGCCAGAAAUCGAGCCUGAAAGCGAUAUGCCAGCGGGAGACUUUGAAGAGCCUCUCGAUGCCGAUGAGCCCUUGGACAGCUUCGAAGACAAUGUCGAAGGUGUUGAAGAGGAGCCAAUUCUGGGAGACGAAGAGCCGCUCGGUCUUGACGACGGGGCCGAGGGCGAACUCGACAACAUGGACGAGGGUGAUCGCGGCCUCGACCUAGAGGAGCCCUUGGACGAGGGCGACAACGGAGAAUUUGACGACCAACCUAUGCCUGAAGAUGACGAGAUGAUUCCGGAGGACGACUUUGGCUCCGCUGACGAACCGGCUGAUUUCGACGAGCCUGAACCAGAGCCCAUCAUGGAUGACCCAAUUAUGGAUGACCCAGUUAUGGAUGACCCAGUUAUGGAUGACCCAGUUAUGGAUGACCCAGGCAUGGAUGACCCAGGCAUGGACGAGCCAUUCGAAAGUCUCGAUGACGGCGGUGACCGCGGGCUCGACGAUGAUUUCCAGCCAGAAGAACCGAUGCUAGAUGACUUCGACGGCGGGGAUGAGCCUCAGCUAGAUGACGAGUUCGCAGGAUCUGAGGGUGGAGGGGACUUCGCCGAAGACUUUCCCGGAGACGCCGGCGAGGAAUUCCCUAUCGAAGACGACCUAGAAGGCGACGGAGAUCGCGGAUUGGACGAUGGCAUGAUGGACGACGGCUUUGUCGACGAUCAAGGAGACGCGGAACCAGAAUUCGAUGAUGGUAUGAUGGACGAUGAAUUCGCCGACGACCAGGGUGAUGAAGAACCAGAAUUUGAUGAUGGUAUGAUGGAUGAUGAGGGUGUUAUGGACGAAGAAGGUAUGAUGGACGACGAAGGGAUGAUGGACGAUGAAGGGAUGAUGGACGAUGAGGGUAUGAUGGACGAAGAAAUUAUGGAAGACGAAGAAGGCGACGGAGAUCGAGACCUUGAUGAAGACAUGAUGGAUGGUGAAAUCAUGGAAGAUGAAGAGGGUCUAGACGAUGUUGGCGACGAGGAAUUUGAAGGAGAAGACGGUGAAGAGAUUGAAGAGGAUAUGAUGGAUGGUGAACUUGGAGAGGACGAAGAAGGCAUUGAUGGUGAUGAGUUCCCAGAGGAGGAAGAAUUCCCAGAAGAGGAAGAAUUCCCAGAAGAGGAAGAACUCCCAGAGGAGGAAGAGAUCGAGGAGGAAAAUGAAGACAUGGAGGAAUUGGGCAGUGGCGGCGAAGAGGGCGAGGAGGAAGAGGAGGGAGAACUUGAAGACGAUGAGGCCUUGGAAGACGAGGAGCCCUUGGAAGACGAGGAGCCCUUGGAAGACGAGGAGCCCUUGGAAGACGAAGAGCCCUUGGAAGACGAAGAGCCCUUGGAAGACGAAGAGCCCUUGGAAGACGAGGUGGGCGAUUCGGAACCUGGCUCACCAACUGGCUCUGAAGGCGAUCGCGACAUGGACGAAUCGGCCGAAGAAUUGGAAGAUGAAGAGGAAGAGGAAGAGGACGAGGACGAUGGGCUCGACGAUGAAGAUCUCCAAGGGAUCAUGGACGAUUCGAACCCUGGUUCACCGACUGGCUCAGAAGGGGAGCGUGGCUUGGACUCUCCAGGCGUGGAGGAGUCACCCGAGGACCCUGAAAAUGACGAAGAGCAAGAAGACGAGGCAGAACUGGACGAACAGACCGACGAGCCCGGGAGCACAAGCGAUGUCCGACUAUCCCAGCUCUACAGACAAUCCGCGAUCUUUUCACCUGUUCUCACAUCACCUCUCCCACCGAGCCCGCCACCUGAGCAGGACACAAACAGCCCGCAAGACGAGGACCUGGACUCCAUGGACCCAGUCCGUUACUCGCAUUUGUACCGGCAGAGUGUUGAUCUCGACAUGGCUCUAACUCUCCAGUCGCCCAACUCGGACGGUGGCUUGUCUGCCAUCGCUGAGUCCCCGACCAUGGAACAGGGACAGACCUUUGAUGUCCCUGUCAUGGCUCCAGUCCCUGACUUCGCAAAGACGCGGAGCGCGAGGAUGUCAGCAAGGAUGUCCACGAUGUCGCAGGCAUUGAGCCCCAUCGCCGCUAGUCCAUUGUCUCCUCGCCCGCUGGCGACUCCUCCACCAGAAGAAGAGGAGGACGACAUGGAUCAGGCUGAACAGCCCGAGUAUGACCCGAAUUAUGAUGUCGAGCGUGCCGUCUCCCCUGAAGAGGAGUUCGAAAACUACUACGACGAGGACGACGAGUAUGAGCCACAUGACCAGCGUGGCUCCGGCCCCACAGGCCCGCAGACAUUCGACGAGAUGAAUCUGUCUCCUCGGCCCGGUCCUUCGCCAUCAGAGCGAUACAGCUAUCAUGAGGACCUGGAGCAAGGCCCGCCAAUGACGCCGUUUACUCCAAACGGCAACCGCAAGACUUUACGUGAGCGCAUGUCUGGGUGGUGGGCGCAAGGCGCGGUUCAGGACAGCCAAGGCCAAACUUACACACCACCGCCUCCGAUGCCUUAUGACAGUGGCCGGUUCAGAGGAGAAGCCGAGAGCCCUACUUCGUAUGUCUAG